UAUGCAAUAACUUUUUAUUGUUAUGGCAAUGCAAAUACGAUAUGUCAAUUGUCAAUGUAUGAAACGUCAUUCGCUUUGUUUUCGUGCAUCGUGAAUGUUGUUUUCGUUUGAGAUAUUAUUGCAAUUACUUGGCUUUUUACAAUGGAUUCCGACUCUUCUUCCCAUUCUGACGACCCUGGCACUUCUAUGGACACCGAUACUGCUCUUCACAUUGACACCGGCACACCUAUGGGAACCGAAUCUCGCUCGAACGAUAACCCUGGCAUGAAUAUGGACUCUGAACUUCUCGUGCCUGAAGGCAACUUGUUGGCAGGAGAUGAAGCAACAACGCAGCGAUGUGUGAAUUGUGGGACCGAUUUGUUGCAAAGGAGACGUCACACUUUAGUUCUAAUCGAUGUGCGGUCGAUCAUACAGCAGUGGAUUGCUCCUCGUUUGAUUGAAAACGAUACUUUAGUCUGUCACUCAUGCUGGACCUUGGCUCUGCAUCAUUCGAGGACACAAGCAUCAAAUGACGGAUCAUCAACUAGUGGUCACCGUCGAAAUACCUGCGUCAACUGCGGAUGCUCUUUGAUGAGAACAAGGUCUCAUACACUUAAUUCAAACACGGAACGAGAAUCUCAAAUCCGAGCCAUUGUGAUGGAACAGAUUGCUCCACAUCAAUUACAUGGAUCUGAUAAAAUCUGCCAUCCAUGCUGGCAAAGAAUUGACCGAGCUGCUACUCGUUCCACUGAAGUAAGACAUCCCAACAAUAACCAACCCAGUAUAAUCUUGCCAAUGUACACUAGAGCUUCAGGUUCUCAACAGUUUUGUUUUUAUCCUGAUUGUCAUUCAACCCAAAGACUGGCUGCUCCUAAGUGGCUGAGAAUAAAAUUAUUCACUGAUUAUAAUUUUUAUGUACCACAAAACUGUAGGAUUUGUUCCUUCCAUUUAUAUAAUGAUAAUUGGGAGGUACUUAGUAAUAUACAGCAACCGAUUCAUAGUUUUAAUGCAGAACACAUUCAGGACUUUGCAACUUUUGUCAAUGAAAGACAAAUGGUCUUAGAUUUUUCUAAUAUAGAAACAUUGUCAAAUGAGCUUACUCACUAUUGGAUUGGAUUAAGCAAAGAACAAUUUCAGCAACUUUAUUUAGAGGUACCAGGGAUGCAAGCUGUCCAUAGAAAUAAAUUAGCACUUGCCGCUUAUCUCAUGAAAUUGAGAACUGGUGAUAGCGAUCAAAGAAUUGCAACACUUCUUAAUAUACCUCGCACCACAUUAAUGAGACUUAUGGGUAAAGCACGUGAUGUUUUAGAGAGAGCUUUUGUCCCAAAUAACUUGGGAAUCAAUCAUUUAACCCGGACUGAAAUAUCAGAAAGGAAUUUAUUAAUUCCCAAUGGGUUAUUUGGAGGAGUGAAUAGGCAGCCAAUUAUUAUAAUUGAUGGAACAUAUUUGUAUGUCCAGAAAAGUUCCAAUUACAUGUACCAAAAAGAUACAUAUUCUUUGCACAAGGUGGCGCUGGUAUCGCAGGCGCCGGCGGUAGCGUGCGGCGCAACCUUAAAAGCAAUAUCCGGCACCGCGCGCGCCGGCCGGAAAUGA